AGUUCUUUGUGUGUUUCAUAAAAACCACAUAAAAUGUUCACAGGUUAGAGGAGUGGCUGCUGUAUUUAGAAGACAAAUAAGUUCACUGUCACCCCUGAGGAAGCUUAAAGAUGUGAUUCUCAAGGAUCUUUGGUGCCAUGGAUGAAAAUGGAAUCAUUAUUUUUCCACUCCCCCUGCUCACGUCAUUGACUCCCACCUACAGCCGGUCCACUGGUUACAAGUAGCCACGAAUUGCCUUGCAGAUUGUAAACAGGGUAGCCAACCAGGGCCAGCCAAAGUCCAACUCCUGCUUCGUUCCACCAUGCCCAAAGCAUUCCUGCUGCUGUGCGUUGCCCUGGUGCUAUUUGGGCUUGUGCAUGGAGCCACGUUGAGAAAUGAAGAGAAAUGGAAGUCACUCAACAACCCCAGAAACCGAGAUCUGUUUUUCAGAACCCUUCAGGCAUAUUUUAAGAGAAGAGGUCUUGAUCUCGGGAGGUUUCGAAACACUUUCUUCAUGAAUGAGAAUCCUAGACCUCUCUCUUUCCAAUCAGAACUUCUUGCUUCUGCAUUUGCAGAUUAUGAAGAGCAGAAAAACUCCUUUCCUAAUUACCUCAAAGGCUGAAUGUUUCCUCUGAACACAGGAGGCGUAAACCAGCAUAGCAGGCGAGGUCCAGAGCUCCGGACUCCGCCCAGAAGAUCCCGCUCCGCCGCCUGGAAGGAAGCCG